AAAUGAAGAAGAAGCACUGAAGCAAUAUCUAAUCCAGCUGAGACAUGAGACUGGAGCAAGACUGGUAGAGAGAGUUUGGUCUCCAGGUCUUACACAGGAUGGUAAACCAAGCAAAUGGUGGAUUUCUUUUGCGAAGAGAAAGUUCCUAAACGUUUCACUUUCGCAGACUUUUUAAUAGUAACUUAUUUAUAAGCAUUUGUAGAAUUUUUCAAAAAAUAUUUUUUUUCUUCUUGAAGAAAACGAUUAAUUCCAGGAGUAGAUUAAUCUAUUGUUCCUGUCACUGACCAAAUAUAUUUUGCAGAGACAACAAAUUCUGUAAAUAAAGUGAACAGAAUAAAUAAAAUGCACAAAAUGUAAAUAAAGUUUUCUAUCUCA